CGCGGAAGAGGUGAAAACGAAAGUAAACAUGAGCGACUGAGAAAAGAGACAGGCUGCUUGUUAGACCGUUUAGGUUAUUGUGAAGGAUGGAUUUCCCUCAGGAUGGCCAGGAUGCUGUUCGUAAAGAUCAGCCACCAAGAGCAACAUUUGCUGAUAUCAGCUUCAGACCACAGACACACAGAGCAGUGUCUCCAGUGCCCAGCUGUGUGUCCAUGAAGAGUGACUGGUCCAUGGGUCAGCCUCCCUUUUUCAGUAGUGGACCACCACACUCUGAUACUAAACCAGGGACACACAGACCAGUGUCUCCAGUGCCCAGCUGUGUGUCCAUGAAGAGUGACUGGUCCAUGGGUCAGCCUCCCUUUUUCAGUAGUGGACCACCACACUCUGAUACUAAACCACAGACACACAGACCAGUGUCUCCAGUGCCCAGCUGUGUGUCCAUGAAGAGUGACUGGUCCAUGGGUCAGCCUCCCUUUUUCAGUAGUGGACCACCACACUCUGAUACUAAACCACAGACACACAGACCAGUGUCUCCAGUGCCCAGCUGUGUGUCCAUGAAGAGUGACUGGUCCAUGGGUCAGCCUCCCUUUUUCAGUAGUGGACCACCACACUCUGAUACUAAGAACAUCCUGACCCAGGAUCAGUCCAGGUGUGGAGUGUGUGAGCAGCUACUGAGGGACCCAGUCGUCACCAGCUGUGGACACAGUUUCUGCAGGCAGUGCAUCAGCAGCUACUGGAGCCAGUCUGGUCCAUCAGGAGACUACAGCUGCCCCCAGUGCAGAAAGAGACCCAGGACACAACCCAUUACAAACCCUGACACAACUAUGGCACAACCACUUUUAUACCCACCUACAGCCAUGGUACAGCCUCACCUAUACCCAUCUACAGCCAUGGCGCAACCUCCGGUUAAAAGGGCCAAACUAACAGACAACCGUGUCCUGAAUAAAGUGCUGAAGACCCAUAAAGUUAAUAUGAAGAGGAGGUUUGAGAGCAUAUGUGAAGGCACCAUCAGGUCAGGGACUCAAACACUCCUGAACAAGAUCUACACAGAGCUCUACAUCACAGAGGGAGAGAGUGAAGAUGUGAAUAAUGAGCAUGAGGUUUGGCAGGUAGAGUCAGCAUCCAGGCCACAAAAAACAGAAGAUACAGCAAUCAGCUGCAAUGAUAUCUUCAAGCCCUUACCUGGACAGGAGAGACACAUCAGAACGGUCAUGACCAAGGGGAUUGCUGGCAUUGGAAAAACUGUUUCAGUGCAGAAGUUCAUCCUUGACUGGACAGAGGAGAGAGCUAACCAGGCUAUAGAUUUCAUGUUUGUACUUCCGUUCCGUGAGCUGAAUUUGGUCAAAGAUGAUCAGUACAGUCUUCACAAGCUCCUGCUUGACUUCCACCUUGAGCUUAGAGAGCUACAGGAUGGUGAAUACAAAGACUGCCACAUUGUGUUCAUCUUUGAUGGUCUGGAUGAGAGUAGACUUCCACUGAAUUUCCAAGAGAAUCAGAAGUUGUCUGAUGUGACGGAAACAUCAUCAGUGGAUGUGCUGAUAACGAGCCUCAUUCAGGGAACUCUGCUUCCCUCUGCUUUCAUCUGGAUAACCUCCCGACCAGCAGCAACCAAUCAGAUUCCUUCUCAGUGCAUUAGUCAGGUGACAGAAGUACGAGGGUUCAAUGAUCCACAGAAGGAAGAGUAUUUCAGGAAGAGGAUCAGUGACCAGAAUCAAGCCAACAGAAUCAUCUCACACAUUAAGGCAUCCAGGAGUCUCCACAUCAUGUGCCACAUGCCAGUCUUCUGUUGGAUCUCAGCCACCGUCCUUCAGCAGAUACUAGAACAGGAUGAUGGGAAGGAAGCCCCCAAAACUCUGACUGAGAUGUUCAUACAUUUCCUGCUCAUCCAGACCACCAGGAAGGGCCAGAAAUAUCAAGAAGAAAGUGAGACAGAUAGACAGAGGCUCCUGGAAUCACAUAAAGGUGUGAUAUUGAAACUGGCAGAGCUGGCUUUCAAGCAUCUAGAGAAUGGCAACCUCAUGUUCUAUGAGGAAGACCUGAGAGAGUGUGGCAUUGAUGUCAGUGAAGCCUCAGUGUACUCUGGCAUGUGCACUGAGAUCUUCAGGGAGGAAUGUGUGUUCUACCACAAGAAGGUCUACUGCUUUGUCCAUCUGAGCAUUCAGGAGUUCCUGGCAGCCAUGUUUGUGUUUCACUCUUACAUGUCAGGACAUAUGGAGGCACUGAAAUCCUUCCUCGCUAAAAAACACAGAGACAAUCAAGCUCCCCUUCCUUUGCAUGUCCUGUUGAAGAGUGCUGUGGAUAAGGCUUUGGACAGCAAGAAUGGACACUUGGACCUUUUCCUCCGCUUCCUUGUAGGCAUCUCAGUGAAGAGCAAUCAAGCCCUCUUGCAAGGCUUGUUGACAAACACACACAGCAGCUCAGAGAGCAUCAAGAAAACAUGUAGCUAUAUCAAGAUUAUCAGGAGGAGGGACUUGUCACCUGAAAGAUGCAUCAAUCUUUUUCACUGCUUAUUUGAAAUGAAUGAUCAAUCCCUUUACGAAGAUCUUCAGAAAUAUCUCAAAUCUCCAGAUGGCUUCUCGGGUGAAUUGAGACCUGCCCACUGUUCAGCACUGGCCCACAUGCUUCUGAUGUCUGAGGAGUUGCUGGAUGAGUUUGAUCUGAAGAAGUACAAAACAUCAGAGGAGGGAUGGAGGAGACUGGUUCCAGCUGUGAGAUGCUGCAGAAAGGCUCUGUGA